UGCUGGAAGCUCAUUGGCUCAUGGAUCACGGCCUCUCACCCUACUCCGGCCCUCACUUCCAAGCUUCUCCCGUCCUGCUGCUCCUGCCCCCCUUCCUCCUCUCCCCAAUCAACUUCACACUGCUCCUAACCAUAUCAGACAUCAUCACAGCAGCCCUCCUCCUCUUCUCCGGAUCCCUCCUCCAUCCUUCCUCCACUUCCUCUCCCUUCACCGCUUCCAAAUCAAGCCAUGCACCAUCUGCCGUCACCUCUCUCCCUCCGCCCUUGGGCCUGGGAGCAUGGAGCGCGCUGCUGCUGCUCUGGAACCCCCUCUCUGCUGCGGCAGCCAUUGCUGGGGCUGCCUCUUCGCUUCUCUCGCUGCCGAUUGCGCUCGCGCUCGCCUCUGCUGCUGCGGGCAACCCGCCUCUGGCAGCCAUGAGCAUGGCUCUAUGCAUGGUGCUCUCGCCGUCAUCCACUGUCCUGCUAGUGCCUGUCCUACUGCUGCUGCUUAACAGACCCUCCUCCCAACCAGCCGCCUCUGCCCACGCACCCGUUGCUAUGCAAACAGCACCAGUAGUAGCAGCAUCAACAGCAACAAAAGCGGCAGCAGCAGCAGCAGCAGCAGCAGCAGCAGCUACGACAACAGCAGAAGCUACCACCCGUUCCCCUCACCGCCCCUCUUCCCAGCGUCACCACCUGCUCGGCCCCUUCCUCCUCCUCCUCGCGCUCUGGCUAGCCACUCUCCUUUCCGCCUGUCACCUGCUGCUGCUCCCAUACGGGGGUCUUCUGCCUGCAUUCUCUCACAUCUAUCCAUUCGCUCUGCAACUCUCAGACCUUACACCCAACCUCGGCCUGCGCUGGUAUUUCUUUGCAGAGGCCUUUGCAUACAUCCGUCCAUUCUACUCCUUUGUCUUCUCCGCCACGCUCCUCCUCGUGCUGCCUCCGCUCGCGCUGCGCCUGCACCGCCGGCCCUUCUUCCUCGCCUUUGCACUCCUCCUCUCCUCGCAGAUCGUCGCUCCCUAUCCCACUGUAGGGGAGUCGGGGUUCAUCCUUGCGUUGCUGCCCCUGUUCCUCCCUCAGCUAUCAGCGAUGCGCUUUGUGUUUGUGAUCUUGUUGGGCUACCUCCUAGUGCACACAAUGGGUCCCACCAUGUGGGAUCUGUGGGUCCUCAAGAGCAUUGGAAACGCCAACUUCUUCUUUGCCGUGGUCCUCAUUUUUGCUGCUAUCCAAGGACUUCUUCUGGUGGAAUCAGUGCAUACAGUGCUAAUGCAUGAUCGUACACUCAAGAAACUAGACAUGGCAUCACAUAUGCUCAAUGUGUCAUAA